UACUAUUUCUAUUUUGCCUUUUUUUUACUCAUUCUUAUUAAAUCACUAUCUCAUCAAUUUCAUCAUCUUAUUUAUAAAAUUCCAAACCAACCCUUCUCUUCUUCAACGCGCAAUUCAUAACUCCUUUUUGUUAAUCCCCAUUUGGAGAUUUUCAACGAUAGGAAAUUCAACCAUCCCCUUAUUUUUAGAUUUACCUUUUAAAAUCCCAUUUUUUUGUUUUUUCAAACUAGAGAAAAUUUGACUUUUACUCUGAUUUCUCCACCUCUCUCCUCAUUAUUUGUCUCAUUCAAUUCACGCGUCUUGUUCUUCAUCUUGGUGUAUUUUCUUCAAAUCUACCCAUCAAAGUUGUAUUCUUUUUAAGGGUUUUUGGAUUCUACCCUUCACAGUUCUAAUCUUUUUCAGGGUUUUGGGAAUUUACCCAUCAAAGUUGUGAUCUUUUAUCAGGGUUUUUGGGAAUUUACCCAUCAAAGUUGUGAUCGUUCUCAGGGUUUUUGAGAACUGACCCAUCAAAGUUGUGAUCUUUCUCAGGGUUUUUGGGAAUUUACCCAUCGAAGUUGUGAUCUUUAUCAGGGUUUUUUUUUUGGGAAUUUGUGUUUUAUACAGAAGGACAAACAAAAGAUGGGAGGUGCUUGUUCAGUUGGGUCUAUGGGAGGUAGAAUUAGUUCAGAAGAAUUGGAGCAGAAAUUGGAAGAGAAGAACAAAGGUAACAACAAGAGCAAUAAUACCAAGUUAAAGAGGAUGAAAAGUUUUGGGAAUUUGAAAAAGAAGAAAAAUAAGAAAUCCCCUGAUGAUCCCUUUUCUGCUUCUCCUCAGAGGUUUUACUCUGGUGAAUUGGGAAUUUCUGGUGAACUUAAGGUUCCACCAAGAGGAUCAUCGUUUAUCGGAAGAGCCAGCUUUGCUGGGCUAGAGAAGGCUGUUGAUGUCUUAGAUGCACUUGGAAGUGGAAUGACAAACUUGAGUAAUAGUGGAUUUUUAUCAGGCAAGGUGGCGAAGGGAAAUAAAAUAUCGAUAUUGGCAUUUGAAGUAGCAAACACAAUUACGAGAGGAGUAAAUCUCAUGCAAUCUCUCUCUAAGGAAAAUGUUAUGUUUAUAAAGGACGAGGUUAUUCCCUCUGAAGGGGUUCAGAAUUUGGUUUCGUCGGACACUAAGGUGUUGCUAAGUUUAGUUGCUUCGGACAAAAGGGAGGAACUUGAUGUCUUUUGCAAAGAAGUAAUCAGAUUUGGUGACCUUUGUAAAGACCCACAAUGGCAUAAUUUGAAUCGGUUUUUUAUAAAGCUGGAUUCUGAAAAUGCAGUAUACGGACCUCCUAGAGAACAUGUAGAAGCAAAAAUGCAGGAAUUGAUGAUUUUAGCCCAGAAUACUUCUGAAUUGUACCACGAGCUGAAUGCUUGCGAUAGAUUUGAGCAGGACUAUCGGCAGAAGGUCGAAGAAUUGAAGUCUCUUAAGUUGCCCCGUAAAGGAGAACAUCUCAUGAUGUUGGACAGUGAACUAAGACAACAGAAGAAGAUUGUAAUGAACUUGAAGAAAAAGUCUCUUUGGUCAAGAAAGUUGGAGGAGGUCAUUGAGAAGCUUGUCGAUAUUGUUGCCUUCAUCCAUCAAGAAAUCACACAAGUAUUUGGAGCAGGUGGAGUAAAAUCUGGUGAAGAAGCUGGUUUUUGUACCCAGAGACUAGGUCCUGCUGGUCUUGCAUUACACUAUGCAAAUAUUAUCAACCAAAUCGAUAACAUUGCAUCGAGGCCCGGUUCUCUUCCCCCUAAUAUAAGGGAUACAUUGUAUCGCGGAUUACCAGUUAGUGUCAAGACUGCUAUGCGCUCCAGUUUGCGGAAAGUCCGUAAUAACGACGAGGCUGAAGUCCCCCAAAUUAAAGCUGAAAUGGAAAAAACUCUUCAAUGGCUUGCUCCGAUGGCAUCUAACACUCUUAAAGCGCAUCAAGGUUUCGGUUGGGUUGGAGAGUGGGCCAAUGCCAGCAUUGAAUAUAACAAGAAGAUGGCUGGAAAUGGAAACUUAAUCCGUCUCCAAACGCUAUAUCAUGCAAAUAAAGAGAAGAUGGAUAACCAUAUCCUUACUCUCGUGACUCUGCUUCAUCAGUUGGUUAGUGGGAUGAAACGAAGGGAUUAUGCGCUCAAGACUUUGCCUGCACUUCAAUCUCCUAACAAAAAGAUCCUGUUGCUUAACUCGCCCGUUACCAGGUUUCCUUCCCUAAACGACUGUAAUAAACCCGUACGAGUUGAACUCACCGAGGAGGAUCGAAGACUACUUGAAAUAAUGAGCAAGUCAAGGAUUGCUCCCGGAAUCAGCAAAAGUCAGGAAUUCGGCAAGACAUCUCAGAAGAUAACUAAAUCUUGGACUUGGAGUAAGAGUAGUGACAACUCUCCAUACACAGAGCCGAGACCUCGUCGUACUGACAACUAUUACAAUAAAGGCUAUUUAGAUAUGAUGCCGGGCGGCAUUGAAGCUCCAUUUUGAGUAGCUGCAUAAUCCUUUAAAAAGGUCAAUUUGCCCAAAAUUAUCACCCUUUAUUCAUCAUAAUUCUAAUGUAUAUAAUGGCAUAUAAAUUUUGGGUUUUGUAAUGUACAUGCAUAGAUAUAGAUGGUUUAUAUUACUACUCUUGAUUGGGGGGGUAUAUAAAUGGGAUAUAUAGCUGUCAAAUGUGUUGGGGUGGUUGUAAUGUUGAGUUUCUCAGGCUCAAGUUUUGGUUACAUUAGUUAGCCUCAGAAAAUCUGCAUCUUGCCUCCUUGAUGGCAUAUCAUAUCAAAACUUAUUUUAGCCGCUUGAAUUA